AUUAUUUUUAAUCUACGUAGUCGAUUGCUGCGAUGCGAUGAGAAAGGCUUUCGGCGCAAAUUGAAGAUUUUUAAUUAUAAUUUUAAAUAUUACUUCAAGAAUUUUCCGUCUAUUCUUCCUAAGUUAAGGUAAGGGCGUAAGUUAACCUUACGGAAGCUAAGAAAAGUGAUUAUUUAUUAUGUUCUUAUAUAUUUCCUCCUGUAUCACAGCCAUGUUGAAGUAGUGUUGAUUUUAAUAAGUUUUCGUCAGUUUAUCGUUUACCUACCUAGAAAGUCAAAGUUAUCACAAGUAUAUGUGACAGACCUAAGUUUCGUUUUGUGUUGUGAUUAAAAAAGUUGAAAGUCUUAAUAAUGAAAAGUGAUGUAAAGUGCCAUCGAUACUGGCGUCAAGGCGUUCAUAAUAAGGAAUGGAUUCAGAAGAUUCCCGUGAUGCUGGGGACACACAGUCUACAUCAAGCAGUAGUAGUUCCAGUUCUAGAAGCAGAAGGAGUUCGUCAUCCGAGAGUUCCAAAAGGGAUCCAAAAUCUCCUCCCCAUUCCCCUUCACCACCUAGAUCUAAUGGCCCGAGAUCUCCAUCUCCAGAUAGUAGGUCCCAAUCACCGCAAAAGUCACCAAAUAACAGACCACAAACACCAGAUAACUUGAGCGGUGCACAUUCAGAUAUUAACUCUCCAGAAAAUUCAAUGCCAGCUUCACCUGGCAGACCAAAGUCUCCUGAAGCACCUAAAUCCCCAAGUGAUGUGGGUUCGAAUAUUGAUUCUCCGGAAAGGCCAGAACAAUAUUCUGCCGGUCCUAAAACACCACAGAGCCCUAAUAGUUAUGCUAAAUCACCUGUAACCCGGUCACAACCAGUCUCACCCGAUUCUGCCUCUCAGAUAACAUCACCUGCUUCUAGAAAUCCCGAACCUAGAUCCCAAUCAUCUUCACCAUCACCAGACAGGGCUUCACCUCGGACGUCACCUCAAAGAGCAGUAGUUAGUAAUAAUGAAUGGGAAAAUAAAGACAAUUGGAGAAGACAUACAAAGGCUGAACAAAAAAUGGUUGCCGCACCCAGGGGACGCAGCCAAUCAGAAUCUAGCCAGUCCAGCAGAAGUUCUUCCUACAAUAAGAGGACAAAUGCCAAAGAUCCAGCUACUGAAGAAAUUUCAGAUGGUGAAAUGGAAUCUGAUCAAGAAGAUAGGAAGUCAAGAAGCAAAUCAAGGACAAGUGACAAAGCAGAAAAUAAGGACAAUAAUUUAAGCCAUGACGAUUUGUCUGAUGUAUCAGACUUAGAUUCAGAUGGGGGUGACGAGAAGUCAUCAAAGGCAAGAUCACAUUCAAAGAAACAAGAAGCAGUGAAUGGAACAAGUAGACAAUCAUCACCAAAAUCUGAAAAGGAGAGAGAAUCACCCAAGAUGGAAAAGGUUGUACAAGAAAAAACAAGUAAUACAGAAGAUGCGGAAGAGCAGUUAGACUUCGAGGCAGAGGAGGGUGAAUGUGUUGAGCCUUCCAAACCAAAAGACCAGUCUAAUGGAGAAAUUGACACACAAUCUGUUGAGAAAGAGGAAGAUAUUAAGCCGGGAAAACGUUCGCGCGGGUCAUCCUUAGAAGAAGGCGAGGUAUCAGAUGAAGCGGAAAGAAGACCAGAGGAGAGCGAACCGAAACCUGUGUGCAGGUUCUUCUCGAGAGGCGCUUGCACUUGGGGCGUUAGUUGUCGGUUCCUUCAUCCGGGUGUAACUGACAAAGGCAAUUACAACAUGUUUGAUGUUGUACGCGGCGUGCCGCCCGCCGGUUUCCCAGCAGCCGCGCCGCGUGAUACUGCGCCUCCUGAAUCCGCUUGGGAAAGGGGGCUAAGGACCGCUAAAGAGAUGCUCCGGAUAGCGAACAAACGCAAAGAACAAGACAUGGACUUCGAAGAGAAGAAACUGCAUCUCUCCGUGGGCGGUGCGGUCCACGAUCCCGACGCGGAGCUAGCGUACGCGGCCGCAGCUGUGGGCGCUUCGCCCCCGCCCCCACAUGAAGUCCCGCCGGCUAGGGAUGCGGAAGUGUAUAGGGCAUAUGGCAUGCCGUACCGCGGCCGCUUCCCGCGUGCGCCGGGCGACGAGCGCGAGCGGUACUACGAGCGGGAGCGUGGCUAUGAGCGGGAGCGGGCGUACGAGCGCCCGCCGUACUAUGAAGAGUAUGGGGUGCCGCCUGAGGACGCGGCGCAUCAUAAGCGUCGCGUGCGUCCAUCCCGUGAGGUGAUUGUUCAGCGCGCGGAAGUCGAACGGCGCGAGGGUCGCGAGGGCCGCGAGGUGCGCGAUGUGAGGGACGCGCGGCGCGAGGGCCGCGAGGGCCGGGAGGGCCGGGAGGGCCGCGGCGACGAGUGGGCGGACCCCUGGAUGAGGGCCGAGCCCGCCGCGCGCCGCCGCCGGGCGCCCUCCAGCGACGACUCGUACUCCUCCUCCAGCUCUUCUAAUUCCAGUUCGCGCAGUUCGGGAACACCGGGCACGAGACGCAAGAGGAGGGCCUCGUCGUCUUCGAGACAAAGGUUGUCCCCAUCGGUGAUAGUACGCGAACGGCGGUUGGCCAGCGCUCGUGCGACGGCCAUGAAUCCGCCAGCACCAAGACGACGUGCCCCAUCGCCCGCUGCAGUGCGACAACUAGCGGCCAAUCCACCUGCACCCGCGUCGCAUAGACAUAAGGAUGAAAUUGAUCCUUACGGACGUAGCAAAGCGUCAAGCCGAAGUAGGAACAGGAAAAAGUAUUCUCGUUCUUCAUCUUCGGGAUCAGAAUCAUCAUCAUCAUCAAGCGAGUCGGAGAGUGAAUCUCGCUCAUCAUCAACAUCGGGCAGUUCGGGGGCACGACGCGCGAGGCAUGCGCGUCUGCUUAACGCUGCUGCUAGACCUAGGAUGAAUGCAAAGUCUACGGCGGCAGGAUUAGCAGCUGCUGUUGCAGUUAGCAGUAAGAAGGAGGCGUCAAGCGAAAGAGAAAUGGGCGGCAAGAAACGUUCAGCCACUUCACCGGUAGAUGGCGCUGCACCAGCGAAAAAAUCGGUUUCAAGACGCGAAGAACUACUCAAGCAGUUGAAGGCAGUAGAAGACGCAAUAGCAAGAAAACGCUCCAAGAUAUAACUAGUGUUGUGAUUUGUGACCAGUGCUGUUAUCGCACUAGUGAUGUGCUCUAUGUGAAUCGGUUUUGUGCUUUACGGUUUAUCGAUUUUUUAUACGGCUUGUCGUUAUCUGUGUCGGUUUUUUUUGCGUGUAAAAUGUAUAACCAGGCGUUUGCAAGCCUAGAAUCUUACACAUUUUAUUGUUUGAGAUUUUUUAGGGACUUUAGUAUUAUGAUUUGAAUUAUAGCGAAAAAACAUGGUAACCAAGUGGUUUAGAAAGUAGUUUUAAACAUGAUUGAUCCAGACUUUUUUUUAUAUUUUACAACUAAUGCGUCGUGAUGAACUUUCGCGGCCAGUAAUGAAACUUCGUAGCAAUAUAUUGUUGCGUGUAUAAGCGUUCAUAUACAUCGUUUUGAUUAGAAUUCUUAAAUAAAUAAAGGAGAAAGCUAAAAAACUCAGAAUAAUCUUAUAAUAAAUCAUCUAGAUUCUAGGUCUGAAUAAUACAAAACCAAAUACUUCUGUUCAUAGUAUGUUUCGAGAUUUGUGUCCAUAAUAAGUUUUGCUCUCUUAAAAUAUCCAAGUUUCAUCAAUGGCCGCGAAAGUUCAUCACGACGCCAACUUUACCCAAACCCCUUUGUUAAUUAAUUGAGAAUAUCAAAUUCAUGUAAGGAAGAUAUUUGAGGUUUAUGUGUAAAACACAUACAUUCCAUGAAUAUUAAAACUUAAUUUCAUUCGCCUCUCAUACAUACAGAAGAAAGGCAAGAUAUUUUUUUAUGAGCCACUAUAGUAACUUAUGAGAUGAAUUCCUAAAGAAAUACUUAAUCUAUGAAGAGAGUCUAUAUUGGUACAAUUUCCAACAAAAUGAUUCGAGUAAAUUUUCGUAUAUUAUAACCAUAUUUUCAAAUGUAAGAUUUACAUAGACACAUUUUGACCUGCUUGUUACACAAAAAUUUGCAAUGUUACAGGACUGUACUCAAUCAGUACAUAAUAAGUAUUGAAUAAUUAAGUUUGGUGUAAUUGUGGCUUUACUACAUAACUAUAUCUUGAGGUUCUGGAUAAAUAAAGCCAAAAUGGGCAAUUUCAAUAAGAAUAAUUUCUCAUAAAGGUUUUGUGGUAAGGCCGUAGAUGUUAAGUGUAUUACACCUGUAUACGCAUAUGUUUGUAUCAAUUUAAAUACAAGUGUAAUAAGAUAUUCAAUGUUAUCACGAAGUGAAUAAUUUGCAACUGAGUGAGGUUUGUGAUUGUAGUGACUGGACGAGUUCAUGUAAAGAAUAAAUGCAUUAGUUUUGUA